AACUUUCUCUCUGUAUCUCAAAACACACAAACUACAAAAUUCUCUUCCAGUUUGAUUUGAAGCAGUGCUCGUCAAGCUUGGUGAAAUGGCAAUGUCGUCAGAGAACGAACACCCAGUGAAGGCUUUUGGAUGGGCAGCCAGAGAUUCUUCAGGACAUCUCUCUCCCUUCAAGUUCUCAAGAAGGGCCACCGGAGAAAAAGACGUGACUUUUAAGGUAUUGUACUGUGGUAUAUGCCAUUCCGAUCUCCACAAUGUCAAAAACGAAUGGGGAAAAACUUCUUAUCCUGUAUUACCCGGGCAUGAGAUUGUUGGUGUUGUCACUGAAGUAGGCACCAAAGUGACAAAAUUCAAAGUUGGGAACAAAGUGGGUGUUGGGUGUAUGGUCGGAUCAUGUCGCUCUUGUGCGAAUUGCAAAGACGAUCUUGAGAAUUAUUGCCCCAAAAUGAUCUUGUCUUAUGGUGCAAAGGACUGUGAUGGAACCAUCACUUAUGGUGGUUACUCGGAUAUUAUGGUAUCGGAUGAGCAUUUCGUAAUUAAAAUCCCCGACAAUUUGCCGCUUGAUGGUGGUGCUCCUCUCCUUUGUGCUGGGAUUACUGUCUACAGUCCAUUGAAGUACUAUGCUCUUGAUAAGGCUGGAACGCACUUGGGGGUUGUGGGGCUUGGUGGGCUCGGGCACAUGGCUGUAAAGUUUGCUAAGGCCAUGGGCCUCAAAGUGACUGUCAUCAGUACCUCACCUAAUAAGAAGAAGGAAGCCGUGGACCAUUUGGGAGCUGACGGAUUCUUGGUUAGCCGUAAUACAGAAGAGAUGCAAUCUGCAAUUGGUACAAUGGAUGGCAUCAUCGACACAGUCUCAGCUGUACAUGCUCUUUUGCCUUUGAUCGGUCUCUUGAAAUCUAACGGAAAACUUGUCAUGGUUGGUGCACCAGCGAAGCCACUCGAGCUACUUGCUAUGCCACUCCUCAUGGGUAGAAAGAUUGUGGGAGGAAGUUGCAUUGGAGGGAUUAAGGAGACGCAAGACAUGAUCGAUUUUGCAGCGAAGCACAACAUAGUUGCAGAUAUUGAGGUUAUUCCUAUGGAUUAUGUGAACACUGCAAUGGAGCGCUUGUUAAAAGCAGAUGUUAAGUAUCGAUUUGUCAUUGACAUCGCCAAUUCAUUGAAGCCAUUCCAAUGAUCAUUUCGAUGGAUGACUACUUGGUUGAGCGUGGAUGAAGAGCAGCUUUCUUUAUCUUGUUUUUUCAGGGUCAUGUUUUACUACCAAGAUGAAAUUUCCAUUUCAUAAUUUGCUUCUACUUAGUAUGGUGAUAACAUAUCAUUGUCCCCUUUGGAAUAACGACCACUACUUUGUAUUAAUAGCAACCACGUUUUAGGUUGCUAUCCUCUGGAAGUAUGCAAAAGAGUUCCUUUAUGUGUAGUAACAAAUUCAUG